CACAUCUGCCUUGGGACUGCAGUGUGAUGUAUUCAUCCUCCAGCUGAUCGGCGCUCGCACUGCCUGCCAUCUGACAGCCGCCAUCACCCCGGGGGGCGCUUUCUUCUCGUUCCCCCUCCGGCUUGUACUUUGCAUUGCCGCUCUUCCAACAGAAGAUGAACCCCCAGUGUGCCCGCUGUGGCAGAGUCGUGUAUCCCACGGAAAAAGUCAACUGCUUGGACAAGUACUGGCACAAGGGAUGUUUCCAAUGUGAGGUCUGCAAAAUGACUUUGAACAUGAAUACCUACAAGGGAUACGACAAGAAGCCCUACUGCAAUGCACACUAUCCUAAGCAGUCCUUCACCACAGUGACAGAUACUCCAGAAAACCUUCGACUAAAACAACAGAGUGAAAAUCAGAGUCAGGUAAAAUACAAGAGAGACUUUGAGGAAAGUAAAGGACGAGGCUUCAGCAUUGUCACAGACACACCCGAGCUGCAGAGACUCAAAAAAACUCAAGAGCAGAUCAGUAACGUAUGUGCGGCAGUAGUCCCUAUAAAAUGGGGGAACCACGGCAGUGGUGGUGUGGUGUCUGUCGGUAUGUGAAGAAAUCGUAAAUGAGCCUCUGUGUGUGAAUGUGUGUCAGGUUCAAAUGCAGAUUAUAUAAUUGUAUAUAUAUAUAUAUACUGUCUAUACACUGGAUGUACAUAUAUAUAUAUAUCGAUGACCCUACCAACCAUUUAUUCCACAGAUAUCUAGGUGUUCUUCACCUUUAAUUACCAGCACAUCUACCUCCUACAUUCUUACUUUUUAAUCCAAUUAUUAAAAAUGAUAUUAAGACAUUCCUUAUUUAUAGCCGAUUCAGUAAAGGAGGGUGACAACCAACAUGUCCGCCAACUCAGUAAAUCCUGAAGAGAGGGACUAAUGGUUAAAAAAUUCCUGGCGGCAGUUUUCUGAGAUCCUGAAAGUAGAAGACAACACAAGAACAGGUGAUUUUUUUUUAUUUGUAUAUUUUUUUAAUAACUCUCAUAAGAAUGGCAGCAAGGAUAUUGAUGUCCUCGACUCUGCAUGCCGAGGUGAAAUCCACAAGUUUGUUCCCAUGCACAGGGCCAAAUGAAUGUUCUCCACAGGUUCUGAUCAGCCCGAAGCCACCAUAGGCCCUCAGAAAGUACAUGGGCCGACACUGUGCCUCUGAUUUCCUAGAGGGGUAUUCAGAGUUUUGGUUUUUCGGUGAGGGAGAUUUUCUGCCCUAGAAGCAUUGACCGAAUACUGUGCCUCUGUAGUAAGGUGCCAUACAGAGUGACCUCCUCGGGCUCAUUUGUAUGGAGUUGAAUCGAUUGCAAAUUUCCCAAUGAGUCUGAAUCUUAUUGAGAUUUGUCCAGAAUAAAUUGCACAAAAUGACAGCCGCUAUUUUACAGAGAAGAAGACUGAGGAGAAGGCAUCUUCCACCAGCUACCAUCCGUUUCCCCGCAGCUUUAUAUUUCUCUGUCACGUUAACAUUACUUAUGCUGUCCUGAGGUUAAAAAUCAUCAGAGACCUCAGAAUGUCAUACACGACUUUUCAGGGCAAUCGGGGCACUUUUGAUUCAGACUGAAACGAAUCCGACGAUUGAAUUGGACCGGAAAUAAAUUUGGGGAAAUUAGCAGGUACUCUGUACAGGCUGUGUAUGGUCCCUUACAGAGAUAUCACAGAUUCUGCUUAAAUCUCAAUGAAAAGAGUGAAGGAUAACAUUAUUGGGCUCAUCUGCUCACUUGCACAUCAUAUACUGGAUUUUCUUUGUCCGUACGUUGCAUCGCGAACAUAAAAUGUUCUUCUUCUCUUCUUAACGCUUUAGGUCUUCGACAACUUUGCAUUUUUUUUCAAUUUUCAAAAUCUAAGCAAAUUUAUCCGCUAUAUGAGAGGCUGAGAACUACUUCUGACCACAUAUGCUUAGUAUUAAAGUUGCCUCCUCACAUCUAAUGGCAAAGCAGUUCCCAUUUGUUAGAAAUACAUCCUACAGAGAUAUUUCCCAAGAUCUUAUUUCAGUGUUGAAAGAAAGAAGCUAGAAACUUGCCACUUACUAAUGCAGAGAUUCAUCAAAGCUAAUUAGAGGUAACACUGGAGCAGUUGAUCUGAGCAACCAAUUUGGUUGGCACUUCCAUUCUCUAAGGAACCAAGAAAUGAGAGCUGAAAUCUGGUUUCUAUGAGAAAUUGGUCAUUUUUCAAGUGCAUUCGUUUUUACUUCAGCUUUGGACUCCUUAAGAAGAUCCAGGGAAGACCAUAUCUAGCAUCAUUUUUAGCCUACUAACUCCCUGCGGUUGAGUAUGUCUUCUUUUCCGUUGUCACUGUGCGUGCAUAUGGUAUUGUGGCCCGUAAACAGUGGGUCCACAAUAUACUGGCAAUAUACAGGUAAGCAAUCCGGAAGGUGUGGUGCCUUGGCAUGGAACCCCACGGAAGAACUACCAAAUAGGGUUUCUCUCCAUGCCUCCGCACCGCAAAACCGCAAAAAAAACAACUAUUUUUUGCGGUGUGGAUGGAUCACGGACCCUUUCAAGUUGAAUGAACUUGCAUGAAUGCAUCUGCGGAAACAGCACGAAUGUUGCCUGUGCAUUGGGGACGGCAAAUUGCGGUCCCCAAUGCACAGAACGGCCGUCUGCAUGAGCCCUAAACCUCACCCAUUUAGUGGUCCAGUUUACAUCUGGACAGUUCCAUCAAAAUCAGACCAGAGCUGUCAAGCACACUACAACAUUCCAGCUCAUUCUCCAGUCCUUACAUUGCAAACCUAGAGUCCCGGAGCAUUGUAUUACUCCAGAUAUAGAGUUAUUUUUAGGGUUUCUGACCUGAAUACAUUCUCUGCUUUAAUGAUCAAUGCCUGAUUUUGGCUUCCAAAACUGCAUGCAGAAACCUGACCACGUGAGUGUACCCUUAGAGUACGCCACACAUCAUCUUCAUAUGUUAUGCUCCUGAACAAACCCUUCAAGUAAAACUUUGAGCCAAAUUUUCAUGCAUAAAUGUACAGAAUGUAAUGUGUACGUUGGUAUUGGGUGAGGAUCCUUCUACCAUACUGGUGUCCACAUCAAUCUCAUAUCUGGAAGACUGCUGCAUUAGGAAAGGGAAACCACCCGGGGGCACGCAGGGUUCUUUGUGAACAGUAAGUACUUUUACGUAUACAUUAUGAGAUAUUAUUAUUACAGUGAAACCUCUGAGAUGACCACUUAACAUGGCAUUGAAGAGUGGUCCUUUAGAGGGAUGGUCUUAAAGAAGAUGGCCAAUAUCCAUAUAUGUGCAACUGAACUGAAUAUAUGGUGGAAUUGAAAAUCAGCCACAGGAAAUCUGAUCUGGAUAAGGAAUUGUGUCCUGGUCUUUUGGAGAGGUUUGACUGUAUCUGCAUUAUUUAUUAUCUGUAAUUAUGUAUUGCUUAUAUAUUCAAUAUGGCUAUAUUAUGGUUAUGAUCCCUCUUGUGCCCUCCAUCUUGAUUGCUGACUCCAUCCGAUGUCAGCGAUUCCAGUGCUAAAGUCUAUGCAAAUAGCCGGGAGAGUUCUGCGCAUGCGCCAUCGCACAUCUCAUGCGCAGGAUUUCAGAGCUGGAAACAGUGAUGUUAGAUGGCAAAGGAGAUGUCAGUCAAGACAGAGGGCCGGACACUAAGCAGAGAUUAUGACUGAGCGCCUGAGCAGUUGCUGUGAUGGGGUGUGCACAAUGGAUGAAAAAUUCCAAUUAUAAGUAAUUGGACCGUGGUGCACCUUUAUAAAAAUAUGUUUGCUCUUGUCCUUCACACCUCUAACCAGUGCGGUAAUUAGCUGUAUGGUAUAAAUGGCUCUGUAAAACUCCCUAUAAUUCAGCUCCACCUUCUCUUUAUUUGGUAUAGCUGACACCGCAGUAAUAUUACCAGUAGAGAGCUUCUUGAGAAGAUCUAGAUUGAAGCUUGGAUUUCAGGUUUAUAGCCACAAGAAAGGAAAUCAGACAGUGCACAGAUAUUUGCCAUGCAAUUCCCUAAUACGAGCACCCAUACUUGAGAAAAUAAUGCACGUAUCAAGAAUUAUAACAAAAUCAAAUCUUUUUUUAAAGAUAUUAUCUUUA